AUGAUAAAAAAUACUCAAACUCCACUAAAUAAAGAUGAAUAAAAACGACUGAAUUAAAUAGUUCAACAAUUGAUUGACUCAAAUGAUAGUGUCGAGUUUCGUUAGCCUGUAGAUUAUAAGAGAUUGAAUCUGCCUGAUUAUAUCUAAAUAGUUAAGAGACCUAUGGAUUUAGGGACGGUACAAUUGAAAUUGAAUAACAAUGCAUACAAAACUGUAGAGGAGUGUUUGGAUGAGAUAUCACUAAUUUGGGAUAAUUGCAAAUUGUACAAUGGACCGCAGAGUUGGAUAACCAAAAUCGCUGAGAAGUUGGAAAGGUUGUUUAAGAAGAAUGUGAAGAAUUAUCUGCCUCUUGUGAACCUUCCUUAGGUGGUACCAAAAACAAAGGAGAUUACAUCGGAUGUGUAUCAGGAGGAACCUUAGGAAUAGGUGACUUAUAAUGACAAGGUGGAAUUUUCGAAUAAUUUAAAAUAAUUGGCUCCGGAGCAGAUAGGAUUGAUUGUGCAUAUGAUAUAAAAUACGUCUCCAACUGCAUUUAUUGAAAUAGAGCGGGAAAAAUAUUAAAUAAUUGUUGAUAACAUCGAGUAUGAAGCAUUUACUAAGUGUUAACAAUAAAUCUAAGCUUGGAUAUCUGGCGAUGACAUAAAUAAAAAGGUGAAAAUAUGA